GUCGAAGCUCGCUUUGGCGCAGACUAAUUCCGUCCAGGGGGUUACCCGCGAAUUCCGAGGUUUGCCUCCCUAAACGCGCGCCCGCGCGCGCGCGCACACACGCCCUUUCCCGGCCCCCGGCCUGAGGAAACUCCUUCACAGAAAGCCCGCCGUUGGCACAAGUCACGAAGUUCCUCAGAGUCCUCCGGGGAACACCCCAAAAGCCUCCCAGAAUCCAUCUUUCGCGUGGAGGGCUCCUUCCAGAGGACAACCCCGGCCACCGCGCCAGCACUGCAGGAAACUGGGGAUGGGAGACCCUGCCUCACCGUCCUCGGCCGCGGCCGCAGGUCGCCCACCCGAUUGCCCAGCCCCGAGCGCCCCGGGAGAGAGGCGGCCGGAGGGGCGGCGCCGCGCGCUGGGGUCGCCCCUCCACUUCCCCUCCCCCUCUCCGAGCCCCGGAGCCCGCACCUGCCGCGCAGAGCCAGCCGGGUGCGCGCGCCCCCCCGCCCCCGCCGGCCGGGAGCGGCCGCCGGACACUCACCUAGGUCGAAGCGGUAGCUGGGGACCAAGCCGUGCGACCCGGCCCAGGUCCCGGUGCGGGCGGCAGCGUGCUCACGCCGCAUCAACCGUGGCGGGGAGGACGAGGAGGCAUUGCCCCUGCUGCGGCGAGUCCGCCCGCGGCCUCCCCCGCCCCCACCGGGCAGGAGCGCUCCCCGCGGCCCCCUUCCGGCUGCGGAGGACAAUUCUCCGGAGUCUCCGCGCGCGGCCCGGCGCAGCAGACCUCUCACAGCUCGCGUUCGCCGCGCAGCUCAGUAACAUCCACCUCUGGGGCUUUUCUCUUGCAGCCCCCUUCCACGAACCAGAAAAAAAAAAUCCCUUCGGGGGGGCCCUCGAGUCUCCCAGAAAAGCGAGCUGGGGAGCGGUAGUGAGAAGAGUUCGUGACGGGCCCACAGGCUGGCACGCCGUGCUCCGCGCACUUGGACGCGUAGCGCGCUCAGCCGCCCGGGCGGAGAGUAGAGCGGGGUGGGCCGCUCGCCAGCUCGCCCGCCGCCCGCAGCCCGCUGCCAUGUGCUGGCUGUUGCUGCUUCCAGUGAUUGACAGGCCGGCGCACAGUCGGCGUGUCAGCAGCGAACCAAAGUAACAUGCAGUCUUGCACGUUUUGCCGAAGUGCUUUUGCCCCUUGGAAUGCCUAGGAGUUCAAACAACGUUCAAGCAACGCCUCUGCGCAUUGGAAAUCAAUACACAGAGACGGGAAAUUCAGGUUUUAAACAAUUGCUUCGCUCGGGGUUCGGUCGCCAACAAUGCCUAAACAAACAUGUAUUUGGUCCACACACCGAGUGCCAGACCCUCUUCGGCAUUAACCACUCUGUUUUCCACACAACCGACCGUUUCAGACUUUAAACUUGUUACCCUUCGGAUAAG